GGGCGCUGUAGCCUAACUAACCUAGACCGAAGAAGAGAGGCGGAAAGUGAUGGCGGUUGGCGGUUUGUAAUGACAAGCGAAAACAGCAAAGAUUCUUCCAAGUUUGAUUUACAGCGUUUGAACCAUAGCCGGGAUACAUUUUUAAAAACUCUAUCGGCAAAAUGCAGAUAACUUUGAAAACUUUACAGCAGCAGACGUUCAAAAUUGACAUCGAUGAAGAGGAAACGGUGAAGACAUUAAAAGAGAGAAUUGAACAGGAAAAAGGAAAGGAGCUUUUUUCAGUGGCAGGACAAAAGCUGAUAUAUGCUGGUAAAAUCCUCAAUGAUGACACAGCCCUCAAAGAAUACAAAAUCAAUGAGAAGAACUUUGUGGUCAUCAUGGUGACAAAGCCUAAAAUAGACUCAGCUGCACCUCAGCCUUCAUCUAGCACAUCAACUCCCAGCACUACAGCUCCCGCAGCACCUCCCACCUCAGUGCCCAGCUCGGACAGCUUGUCGGGGCGUGCCUUUCCAGACGACAAACCAGAGGAAAAAGAAUCUUCCAUUGCUGAGCCAGCGCCCCCUCCUGCCGGAAGCUCCGAGGGGUCAGCAAACACAAAUCUCAUUGAUGAGGCAGUUUCAACUUUAGUUACAGGCCCAUCAUAUGACGCCAUGGUGAACGAGAUGAUGCUGAUGGGUUACGAGAGAGAGCAGGUGGUAGCAGCUCUGAGAGCAAGCUUCAAUAACCCAGACAGAGCUGUGGAGUACCUGCUCACAGGCAUCCCAGGGAGAGAGCGGGGCCAUGCAACAGGACCUGAUGUGGGGGCGUCACCAGUGAGCGGCGCUCCAGCUGCACCCACAGGUGGCGUUAGUGUCCCCACCGCCACUGGCUCUUCAUCAAGUGCUGGGGGAGUCAAUCCCUUGAGUUUCCUAAGAAAUCAGCCCCAGUUCCACAUGAUGCGACAGCUGAUCCAGCAGAAUGCCGCCCUGCUUCCUGCCUUGCUGCAGGAGAUAGGAAGGGAAAACCCAGAGCUGUUGCAGGAGAUUAGCAAUCAUCAAGAGCAGUUCAUCCAGAUGCUGAACGAACCCAAUCCAGAACCAGUGCCAGCAGGUGGCGGAGGUACAGCAGGAGGAGCCAGAGGGAUGGGAGGUAAUACACCUGGUGGAAGUCACGCGAACUAUAUCCAGGUCACACCACAGGAGAAAGAGGCCAUUGAGAGGCUAAAAGCUUUAGGAUUUCCAGAGGGACUUGUUAUACAAGCCUACUUUGCUUGUGAGAAGAACGAGAACUUGGCCGCCAACUUCCUUUUACAACAGAACUUUGACGAUGAUUGAGAGCCUUUCUCUUUUUAUUGCCGAUGUUGAAUAUGCAUACAACAAGCCUUUUCCAGAAAAAGAGUUGCUUCCAUAUUCAUCUAACACUGGAUCAUUAUCACAAAGGCUUGUUUGUGAUGGAACACUUAAAGUACAAUUAUUUUGCAUCAAAAAAAAAAAAUCGUGCUUUUUUUUAUAAUUCUGUUAAAGCCAAUGUAAAUCUUGAUUUACAAUGUAGUAUGUUUCAUAUUUUAACUGUGGGUGAUUCAGGGUAAAUCAGAGGUCAUGACAGUAUUUGUUAUAUUUUUUUCACGUUGACAAGUAAUGGAGACUUGAAAAAAAAUGUAUCGCACUGAUUCUGUUAACCUAUAGUUAGUUAGGUAGUUCCAAAGACUCAUUUUUACAGGAAAAAAAAAUAAAGUUUAAGAUAAAAGCAGUGUUUUUUUUAUGCCAGUACCUUUGACAAGCAACUGCUCUGGACCCAAGUAGGCAUGGGCUACACAAGGCCUGUGCGUGUCCCAUGACAUGUCUGGAAGCUGGAAUCCUGCCCC